AUGGCCAGUCCUCCCGUACUUGCUUUCGAUGCUGAGGGCCGCCCAGUGAAAUUUGACACCUGGCUAGAUGACCUGCACCUCUUCCUACAGCUCACUGCCAAGGAGGAUAUUUCGCUGUACGAUCAUGCCCUCGGUCACGCUACUGCCCCUCCUACCACUGCAGACAGCACUCAGCGCUCACAGUGGCAGACUCGUGACGCCCACGCUCGCUUCGCUAUUCGCAACUCCCUGCCACUAGAUGAGCGCGAGCACUUUGGCCAGCACAAGACUGCUAAGGACCUGUACACUGCUGUCGUUGCUCGUUACUCCUCACCUGCCUCUGCCGCACUAGGCCGCCUCACCCUCCCAUACCUGUUCCCCGACCUGGCCUCCUUCAGCACAGUCGCUGACCUCAUCACCCACCUCAGGACCAUCAGGGAUCACUUCCUCGCUCGCUCUCCCACUGAGCUCACCAUUGCCCUCCUCGAGAAGGAAUUGCUUGCAGCUGAGGCGAGCAUCGUCGCUGUAGGCACCUCUCGUGGCGACCCCCGCACCCCGUUCUUUGAGGGGUGUUCCCCUUCCCCUCUCCUCCCCUCUGUCGCCUCUGCUGCUGCUGUCGACCUCCUUGGUGCUGAGAAGGUUGGGGCUGCGUCUGCUCCGAGCGGGCGCCGCAGGGGCAAAGGGGGCAAGGGUGGAGGUGGCGGCGGGGGAGGCGGGGGUGGAGGCGGUGGGAGUGGAGGUGGGACUGGAGAGGCUAGUGGCGGCAGUGGGGGUGGUGACAGCAGCGGCGGGAGCGGUGGCAGGGGCGGAGGCGGCAGCGGAGGCGGAGGUGGUCGUGGCGGCGGCAGGGGUGGAGGUGGCCGGGGCGGUGGCGGCGGCGGUGGUGGUCGUGGAGGCACUGGCGGUGGCCAGAGUCAGCAGCCCGCCCCGUCGCUUCAGGCCGCCCGUGAGUGGUAUGCGCAGCGUGGCUUUACCUGCACGUACGUCAUUCGCACUGGUGACCGCACUGGCCAGCAGUGUGGGAGGCCGCAUCCCACACAGCGCUGUUUCGCGCGCCUUACUGACGCGUGGCGUGCCCAGUUUCCUGAUGCCACUGACCUGCCCCACUGGGCUGAUCUGGAGAAGAAGGGAGUUGAUAUCUGGGCUUUAGACUUUGAUGCUAUUCUCACUGCCAUGUAUGCGAUGUUUACUAGUGGAGAGGGUGCUCAGUACUUGCGUGUUCCGCCCGACCCGGGCAUUCUGACCAGUCCGGCUGCCGCUCUAGGUGCUAGUGAGUCUGCUGCCCCAGGUCCUGGUGAGGCUGCUGCUCUAGGUGCUAGUGAGUCCGUGCCCUCUGGUACUGAGUCGACUGCAGCACUGCACACCUUCACACUGGACUCAGGUGCUUCUCGCUGUUUCUUUCGUGACCGCACUGUCCUUGAGCCGCUUGCUCGGCCAGUUGCUGUCUCCCUCGCUGACCCCUCUGGGGGUCCGGUCGUUGCGACCUCCUCCACUGUCCUUCCUUGUCCUGCGGUCCCGUCAGGCACACUGUCAGGCCUCUACCUCCCCUCGUUCUCUACGAACUUGGUGGCAGGUAGUGCGCUCCAGGACGGGGGUGUUCACCAGUUCACCCCUGCUUACGAGCGCGUGACCCACUGCACGUGUGCUCGGACGGGCCGUCACCUGGCUACCUUCACUCGGCAGCCGGGGUCGGACCUGUACACACUGACCACUGAGUCCCCUCAGGUAGCUGCGUCCGCGUCUGCGUCUGCGUCAGGUCAGCUGUCCGCCCCCUGCUCGUGUCGCUCUCUGGCGCAUGAGACUGUCCUCUGGCACCACCGCCUUGGUCACCCGUCUGUGCAGCGCCUUCGGGCCAUGCACAAACGGGACCUUGUUGCUGGUCUUCCCAGGGUUCUCCCUCCCCUCCCACCCUCGCCUGCUCCUCCCUGUCUUCCCUGUGUCGAGGGGCGGCAGCGAGCCGCUCCUCACUCCUCCUCCUUCCCCCCGACGACUGCUCCUUUGCAGACGCUCCACAUGGACGUGUGGGGCCCAGCCCGCGUCCGUGGUCAGGGUCAGGAGAGGUACUUCCUGAUUGUUGUUGACGACUUCUCGCGCUACACCACGGUCUUCCCCUUGCGCACCAAGGGUGACGUCCCUGAUGUCUUGAUCCCUUGGAUCCGCAGAUCUCGUCUCCAGCUCAGUGAGCGUUUCCGCUCCGACUUCCCUGUCCUGCGUCUGCACUCUGACAGAGGUGGGGAGUUUUCCUCUGGCCUCUUGGAGGCCUUCUGUCAGCAGGAGGGCAUUGAGCAGUCGUUCACGCUUCCGGCCUCUCCACAGCAGAAUGGGGUUGCUGAGCGCCGCAUUGGCUUGGUCAUGGAGGUCGCUCGUACCUCCUUAGUUCAUGCGGCUGCCCCCCACUUUCUGUGGCCGUUUGCAGUCCGAUACGCUGCGCAUCAGCUCAACCUCUGGCCCCGUGUCUCCUUACCGGAGACCUCUCCGACACUGCGUUGGACGGGAGAGGCUGGCAAUGCGUCGCGUUUUCGGGUCUGGGGAUCUCGAGCUUUUGUUCGCGAUACGUCCGCGGACAAGCUCUCUCGUCGAGCUGUCCCCUGUGUCUUCCUUGGCUUCGUCCCGGACGCGCCUGGUUGGCAGUUCUACCACGCCACCUCGCGUCGUGUCCUGGCCUCUCAGGACGUCACUUUUGACGAGUCCGUCCCCUACUACCGCCUCUUCCCCUACCGCACUGCCCCGCUCCCCCCCCCGCCUCUCUUUUUCGCUCCAGGUGCUGAGGUACCAGACCCCCUCCCCCCUCAGGGUGCCGCUCCCUCAGGUGUGUCCCAGGUAGACCCGGUUGAGCCUGUCGAGGUAGCUGUUGACUCUCGUCCUGCUGGGGGUGCUGAGCCUGACCGUGAGGAGUCUGAGGGUACUGAGCCUGGGGGUGCGGAGCCUGGGGGUGCGGAGCCUGGGGGUGCGGAGCCUGGAGGUGCGGAGCCUGGGGGUGCUGAGCCUGGGGGUGCUGAGCCUGGGGGUGCUGAGCCUGGAGGUACUGAGCCUGGGGGUGCUGAGCCUGGGGGUGCUGAGUCUGGGGGUGCUGAGCCUGAGCGUGCUACACCUGGAGGAGCCCUCUCCUCCCGGCAGCUGCAGGAGAGGUACCUACAGUACUGCCGCCUCCGGAGAGGUGCUACUGGAGCUCGCACCAGUACUUCCCCUCCUGCCCAGGAGCUCCCCCCCAUUCAGCAGAUCCGAGAGUGGUACACGCGGCGCUGCAGUCUUCGGAGUGGUGCUCCUAGUGCUGCGGACCCUGGGGGUGGCGCUGCUGCUGGUGCUGAGGACCCGGGCGUUGGAGCUGCUGCUGGUGCUGCGGACCCGAGCGGUGGAGCUGCUGCUGGUGCUGAGGACCCGGACGUUGGAGCUGCUGUUGGUGCUGAGGACCCUGUCGCUGGUGUCCCUGCUGGUUCUGGAGACGCUACGCGACCGCGACCGUACUUCGUACCACUUCUUCAGCAGGUUCUUGGUCAGGCUCCUCCUCCUUGUCCUCCUUCCUCCGUAGAGUGUCCUCCGCCUGUCCAGUCACAGUCACAGUUCCCGCCUGCCUCGCCUCUCCCUGCUCCCUCUCCUUACACUGGUCCCACGGGAGGUCUUACAGAGCGUCGUGAGCCUGAGUCUCGUCCUGCGUCGCCUGUUCGUACUGCUCGCACUGGUCGUCGUGUCCCACGUGAGCGUCCUCCUCCUGUCCCUGGCACUCACUACAUGACUCUGCGUCCCUCCACUGCUCCUCAGCGUGUUCCGCUGCCGUCUCCUCCUGCGUCCUCUCUGCCUACUCUUCCUGAUCCGGAGUCUGACUCCCGUCGUGCUGCCAGUCCCACUGUCACCCGUCUCCUCGCUACUGUUGUCACUGACCCUACCUUUGACCUUGUUGCUGAGUCUGAGUCUGAGUCUGUCUGUCCUCCGUCCGUCGGGGGUGAGUGUGCUCUUGGCACGGACGUCCUUGAGGACAGACAGGAGGAGUUCCAGUGCUUUGCUGCUGCUUUACCCCACCUCGUGUCCAUGCUAGUUGCCCCUGAGGGAGACCCGGAUGCACCAGACAUCCCGACCCCGCGCACUUACGCUGAGGCGAUGGCGGGUCCCUACUCCUCUCAGGUGAAGCGGCCACCGGGUUCUCCUCCGGUCUUCAAGGCGCGCUACGUGGCUCGAGGCUUCAGUCAGCGAGAGGGAGUUGACUUCUUCCAUACCUUCUCCCCCACCCCGAAGAUGACCACUCUUCGGGUGCUGCUGCACAUAGCCGCUCAGCGCGACUACGAGCUUCACUCGCUUGACUUCAGCACUGCUUUCUUGCAGGGCAGCCUGCACGAGGAGAUCUGGCUGCGCCGCCCUCCUGGCUUCACUGGGUCGGUUCCUCCUGGUACCCAGUGGAGGCUUCAGCGGCCGGUCUACGGUCUCCGCCAGGCACCACGUGAGUGGCACGACACACUGAGGACGACACUUGCGGCUCUUGGGUUUUCUCCUUCUACUGCUGACCCGUCACUGUUUCUACGCACAGACACCUCACUGCCGCCGUUCUACAUCCUCGUGUACGUCGACGACUUGGUCUUUGCCACUGCUGACACCGCGGCACUCGCCCACGUGAAGUCGGAGCUGCAGAGGAGACACACGUGCACAGACCUGGGUGAGUUGACAAGCUAUCUUGGCUUGCGGAUCACCCGGGACAGAGCACGGCGCACCAUCACCUUGACUCAGUCACACAUGGUGCAGCAGAUCCUUCAGCGCUUCCGCUUCACGUACUCCUCGCCUCAGUCCACUCCUCUGCCUACCGGUCACUCGCUCUCAGCUCUGCCUUCGGAUGAGUCCGUAGAGCCGAGUGGCCCGUAUCCAGAGCUUGUGGGCUGCCUCAUGUACCUGAUGACCUGCACUCGACCUGACCUUGCAUACCCUCUUAGCAUCCUUGCGCGCUAUGUCGCUCCUGGCCGUCACAGGAAGGAGCACAUGGAUGCCGCUAAGAGGGUGUUGCGCUACUUGUGCAGUACGUCGGGCAUGGGGCUAGUGCUUGGAGGGCGAGACCGAGUUGUACUUACUGGACACUCAGACGCUUCUUGGGCGGACGACCAGGCUACUCAGCGGUCGUCUCAGGGUUACACCUUCAGCCUUGGCUCCGGCUCAGUUUCUUGGCGUUCUACACGCUCUUCUUCUGUUCUCAGCUCCAGUUGUGAGGUUGAGAUCUACGCCACAGCCAUGGCUGCCCAGGAGCUACGCUGGCUGACCUACCUGCUGACCGACUUGGGAGAGCGGCCUCGUUCUCCUCCAGUGCUGUACGUCGACAACCAGGCUGCCAUUGCCUUGUGUGAGGAGCACAGACUGGAGCACAGAACGAAGCACAUCGCCCUGCGGUACUUCCUUGCUCGAGAGCUGCAGCAGCGUGGUCAGCUUCGUCUGCGUUACGUGGCCACUGAGGCCAACCUUGCGGAUGUGUUCACCAAGGCGCUUCAGCCUUGUGACCAUCAGCGUUUCUGUACUCUUCUAGGCCUUGUGCCUGCUGGACCCCACUUGCUUACUUCUUGA